UUCACCAUCUGUCGGAUACCACGGAGCCGGGAGGUGCAUCAGUCUUGUUCCUCUGUUAUCAGCACUCUGAACGCCCCGUAUUCCUUCCCACUAGUUUUCAGACUCAGACCUGACAUGGUGCUCUGUAAUGGCCCAGGGACCUGUGUUCCCCUGUGCGUGGCUGGACUCCUGCUUGGAAUUCUGGGAAUGAAGAAAGUCCUGAUCGUUUAUGUUGAAAGCGUUUGCCGAGUAGAGACACUGUCUCUCACAGGGAAGAUCAUUUACUGUAUAUCAGACUAUUUCUUUGUGCAGUGGCCGUCCUUGAGGAACAUAUACCCCAAAUCCAUUUUUCUUGGAAGAAUAGUGUGAAAAUAUGCUCCACAUGCUAACAAAUUCAGUAUUACAUAUUUUGCAAUGAUUUUGGUAAAGCUUGGAAAUAAAUGAUUUAUUUUUUUA